UGUGUUUUGGAUUCAGGAUGAGAGUAGUGCUGAUAACGCACUGUUGUUUAAGUUCUUGCAGAGCUUGCACAGAGCCAAGGACUUUUCAGUUUCUCGUGCUGCCCUGCUAGAGAGGAGGCUGGGGGUGCACAGGGAGCUAGAAGGGGACACAGCCAGAACAGGACCCAGGCUGACCAAGGGAUGUCCCACACGAUAUGGUGUUGUGCAGUCCAUGCUGAACAAUAAAACUGGGGAGUGAGCGAUCGGUGCUGAGCUGCCUGCCAGGCUGAACCACAGCAGUCCUUUUGGCGAGCAACGUGGGGCUCCAACGGUUGAGAUAACGACAGAUCUGACUGGAGUGUGUUAGAGGGAACAGAUUGAUUUAUCAUUUGUUGUAAUUAUUAUAUUAGUUUAAGAGUUGCUGGUCACAAUGCUGAUGAAUUUGUUUGCAGAGUUGUUUUAUGCUAUGCCUCUGUUGCUGUAUGUGCUCCCCGAUUUGCUGUUUAUCACCUUUGAGGGCAGGUUAAGCAUUGCUUUUUAUUUUGUCUCUUUGCUGUACUGUGUAACACUUGCUUAUGAUAUGAUAGGAGCACUAGAUUUAAGCCUAAUCUGGUAUCUGCACUCCACAUGGCUGUCACCCUUGUACUUCAGGAACUAUCUCUUGGAAGCUAUUGAUUAUACUCUUCACCUCUUCUCCCCCGAGACCCAACCUCUGGAGGAGACAAGGAGUAGCACCUUCCCUUCCUCCUUCAAUCCAGUUACAAUAGCUCUUGGGUGUUGGGCAACCAGCAUGUUCCUAUUGCUAUGUCUCGAUGUGUUUCUGUUCUUUGAUAAUGAUGAACAACUAUUUCAGAAUACAACCCACAGGUCUGCCCCGACACAGGAUAGUUAUGAGUGGCAGGGAGAGUGGGAGGAUAUGGGCAGGUUUCUAGAGCAGUUGGCACCUCCAGUGCUUUGGAAAUUCACCCCUGAACAACUGCAAAACCCUAAAAAACUGGCAGAAUGCUUGAAAAAGGGGUGUUGUUGCCCUGGCUUUUCCAGACAGACACAAAUCGCAGCCACGUGCUGGGGCCUGGCCUAUGCCUACCGAGGUGCAUUAACUGCUAUUCAGUACCCUCCAAGGGAAGAGGUUGUCUCUGGAUCUGAAAACAAAACGACAGACACUCCCACAACAAGCACUGUGGCUAAUCCAGCCCCUAUGGCAGGUGCUGCAGCUAAUCCAGCUCCUGGAGCUGCUGCAGCUAAUCCAGCCCCUAUGGCAGGUGCUGCAGCUAAUCCAGCUCCUGGAGCUGCUGCAGCUAAUCCAGCUCCUGGAGCUGCUGCAGCUAAUCCAGCCCCUAUGGCAGGUGCUGCAGCUAAUCCAGCCCCUAUGGCAGGUGCUGCAGCUAAUCCAGCUCCUGGAGCUGCUGCAGCUAAUCCAGCCCCUAUGGCAGGUGCUGCAGCUAAUCCAGCUCCUGGAGCUUCUGCAGCUAAUCCAGCUCCUGCAGCAAACGCUGUGGCUAAAGCAGAGAGACAGAUCUCUGUGGUAUCACUUAUCCCCAGAGUCAGGGAGAAACAACAGCAGGAGGAGUCAGCUCAGUUAGUAAGGAACGAAGCAGCUUCUCCUAAACAAGAACAGGAGAAAGGAUCAGAAGAGAAAAGCUGCUCUAAAGCAGAGCAAUGGGAAGAACAGAAGGGGGAUGAGACAGAAGUAAGUGAGUCAGAAAAUACCCAAUACCUAUCCCUGCGUGAUCUACAAUAUAUCCGAGAAGACUUCAGGCAUUUUCCAGGCGAGCACAUUGUCACCUGGCUGCUCCGAUGCUGGGACUCUGGGGCUGGUAGAUACAGACUGACAGGCAAGGAAGCCCAGCAGCUGGGAUUCCUCACUAGACACUGGGGCAUUGACAGAAUGAUUAGAAAAGGGGAACAGCCCUCCACCCUCUGGAGGCGACUCCUGUCAGCUGUGAAGGAAAGGUAUCCCUUCAAGGAAGACCUUGUAUGUCAGCUAGGCAAGUGGACCACCAUGGAGAGGGGAAUCCAGUACCUGAGGGAAUUAGCUGUGCUGGAGGUGGUCUAUAGUGACCUGGACAAUGGGCAGCUACCUGUAGAUCCAGAUAAGGUCCAGUGCACGCGGGCCAUGUGGUUGAACUUUGUACGGAGCGCACCACCGUUUCAUGCCAAAGCGCUGGCACUCAUGAACUGGAAAAGCAGAGAGGCACCAGUGGUGGACACCUUGGUCUGGAAACUCCAGCAAUACCAAGAAAAUCUCUCUUUUUCCUUUUCUGGUCAGAGUAUGAAUUACUAGUUUUUGUAAAUGCAAACCAGAAGACCUGUCAUUAGGAUCAGAAGUAAGAUCAGACUUUCUACUCUGUCUGGGGAACUUCCCAAUAGAAAUAGAGCCAUAAUUUUCCUAGAAGAAUUCCUUUGGUCUAUUGUUUUUUCUUGCAAAUCAUGUACCCAGGCUUCUAGGUUCAAGGUAGAUUUACGAUCCCAAUUCCUCCUAUCUUCCCUGCGGUCAUGCAGAUAAAGGCACAGGGUGGCACGUGAUGUGUACCCACGAUAUCCUUUCUCUUGAGCAGAAGCAAAUAUACCUUAUGUCCCAUGCCACCAGCUGGAACACUAUCCUUGGCCUUGAAAAGCAAGUCUUCUGGUGACAUGGCAUCCUAGAAAGAAUUGAAUCAGACAUCAGGACUUAUUUCUGAAAAAAACUCACCGACAUCUGGGCCAAAGGGUAUGGCAUUAACUGGGUUUAACAUAUCCCCUAACAUCUACUGGUCUCCAGGAAGAUUGAAUGAUACAAAGAACACACUGAGAGCAAUAGGUUCUGGGACAUUCAAGCUUUGGGAUACACAUUUAGCAAAAGCUACUCUAUUAGUUAUCACUACAGGAUCUACCUGCCAAUAGAUCUGGCCCUGCCCAGUCAAAACUCUUGCAUACUUUAGAAAGGGACAAAGUUCCUGUAGUGUGUAAAAAAAUAUGCUGGGGAAGACAGCCUGGGUAAUUCCUGCCUCAGGCAAAGGCAAACCCAUCUGUGAGAUGGCUUUUGCUCAAAGACAUGGGUGUGCUUGGUGGGUAAUGUGGGAGGAUGGGGAACUCUGAUGUGUACCUUAAGAGGAUUUGAUCUUGGGUGAAAACAGCCUGUGAUUUGAAUUGUGUGAUGCUACUUGUUACACGAUGUUGUAUGUCACCACUGUUACAGCUGCUACAUGUCAUGUCCAUGGUAUUACAGUAAGAAUUACCCAUACUAAUGAAGAGUGAAUCUUGUAAGGAACCGGACAAGUGCAGCAGUGAUGGAAUCAGGGAAGUGCAACGGUGAUGUGACCAGAGCAGGCUUCAUCACGCAGCAAUCCAACACCACACACCGUCUCUCCUGUCCUGAAGGACCGUUAUGACAGAUGAAGACCAAAGUCAUGGACUAAAUGAACUCAGUAGACAUUUUAAAGGGUUAGCACAUAAACUAAGGGAAUGAUAACCAUGUGUAUAUAGCAAAGAAAGCGAAGAGUAGUGGUGAUUAAUGAGGAGUUGUUGGAAAGUAUGGGACUUGAGCAUGAAGUAGAUGGUUUGGAAUAAGGGGUGUAUAUAGUCCUGGUUUUGGUUCUGAUAGAGUUAUUUUUCUUUAUAGUAGCUGGUAUAGUGCUGUGUUUUUGAUUUAGGAUGAGAAUAAUGUUGAUAACACACUGAUAUUUUAGUUGUUGCAGAGCAGUGCUUGCACUAAGCUGAGGACUAUUAUGGUUCUCAUGCUGCCCUGCCAGCGAGGGGGCUGGGGAGUGCAGCAAAAGCUGGAGGGGACACAGCCAGGACAGCUGGCCCAAACUGGCCAAAGGGAUGUCCCAUACCGUAUGAUGACAUGCUCAGCAAUAAAAGCUGGGGGCGUUGGCCAGGGGGCUGCUGUUGCUUGGGGACUGGCUGGGCAUCGGUCAGCUGGCAGUGAACAAUUGCACUGUGUAUCACUUGUUUUUAUUAUUAUUAAUCUUUUUUUCUUUUUCUUUCUUUCUUUCUUAUUAAACUGCAUAUAUCUCAACCCA